UUAAUAUGCUGUUGGUUGAUUGAUUUAAUUACCGUACUUACAUGAAAACGCUCCAAAAACACAACUCAAUCGAUCGAAAACCAUACAAUUCGUUAGUCAGAAUUACUUAUUGAGUCUUUUUUUGGGUAGUGUUUUUCGCAAAUCCGUGGAUGAAUAGUGAAAAUGUUUAAGUUAUUUCGUAGCAGGACGCUUUUGUUGGACAUUCCUUCGAUUAAUUAUGCCGAAGAAUCGUCAGCUAAAAGUCAUGAGAAUACUUCAGAACCUUCAAAAUACAAAGGCGGACAGGUGGCCUGUGAAGCAUUCCAAGAGUAUUGUUCGUACAGUACAAUACACGGUACCAAAUAUUUAGGAGAGACUCAACGGCAUUGGUUGGAAAAAAUAUGGUGGAUCGUAGCAUUCUCUUGUGCUUUAUUUGGCUGUGGAACGCUCAUCUUUCAACUGUACAUUAAAUGGGAACAAAGUCCGGUCAUCGUUAGCUUCUCCGAAAAAAGCACUCCAAUUUAUGAAAUACCUUUCCCCUCUGUAACAAUCUGCCCGGAAACGAAGGCUAAGAAGAAUAUGAUAGACUUCACAGAAACCUAUCAUAAAAUGCUUGCCGGAAGUCGUCCAUCAUAUGGCAUCAGUGAUAAAGAACUUAAGUACAUGGAGGCCGUAUCCCAAGUAUGUGACUCCCACUUAACUGAUAAAUUCAAAAUCGGAGGAAAUGUCACCGAUAACAGUAUUAUAGAAUUGUUAAAACGAAUGGCGCCAUCGUUUAAAGAUACGAUGAUGUUAUGCAAAUUUCGGAACAAGCUGGAAUACUGCGAUGACUAUUUUGAAGAGGUGUUGACAGAUGAGGGUCUUUGUUUUACAUUCAACAUGAUAAACUCGAAAGAACUAUACCGAGAAGGAAUCAGUAAUGAUUUCCUGCAACGCAACCGUAAUGUGGCGUCUAGUUGGGAUCUGACAUCCGGCUACGAUCAAUCUGUCGCCAAUGAACCACAAAUUUAUCCUUACCGAGUAUUAGCGGCUGGGUCGAGAGGCGGGCUGUUUGUGUUAUUGCGGUUGUACGAAGAAAAUUUGGAUUACAUUUGUAAAGGACCCGUUCAAGGAUUUAAAAUAUUAUUGCAUCCACCCGGCGAGUCGCCACAGCUUUCGCGACAAUAUUUUCGUGUACCUCUGCUUCAAGAGGUGUUAGUAUCAGUCAAACCGAAUAUGAUGCAAACUUCCGACGGGUUACGUAGAUAUAAUCCGGACAGGAGGCAGUGCUUUUUCAAUUCGGAAAGAUAUCUUCGGUUCUUCAAAGUCUACACACAGCACAACUGUGAAUUGGAGUGUUUAGCCAAUUACACUCUGAAAACAUGCGGAUGUGUCCGAUUUUCUAUGCCAAGAGAUGACGAUACGCCAAUAUGUGGAUCGUCGAAAAUCGCGUGCUAUGAUGCGGCUGAAGAUGAAUUACUGUAUGAGCAAUAUAUGCUAGGAAUCGCCGUAAACACAGACUCUCAACAUGAAUGCAAUUGCUUGCCGUCUUGCACGUCUAUACGAUAUGAUGCAGAAAUAUCGCAGGCGACAUUUGAUUGGAAUCGCUUAAAAAUCGCGUAUAAGUCCACGGAUGAACAGAAUGGAAUGCAACCGGCACGCCUCGCAAUAUUUUUCAGAGAGAAUCAGUUCAUCACAUCGAAGCGCUCCGAAUUGUAUGGUCCAGUCGAUUUUGUGGCGAACAGCGGGGGACUGCUCGGCUUAUUCAUGGGAAUCUCUUUGCUGAGCAUUGUCGAGAUAAUUUACCAUUUUACGCUGAGGCUGUGUUGUAAUUUAAGAAAACGCGGAUCAAACAAAUCCGCAACGAAAAUCAGUUUAAGACUCUUGCCCGACAACUCUCUCGAUGUUAGCGAUGAGAAGAAAAACUAAUGGAAAGGUAAUUUUGUUAUUUUGUCUUUGUCUUUGUUAAGCAUGAAAUUGUAUCAAUUUGUCGUUAAGUUCGAAGUUAGAAGAGAUUAUAGUGAGAUUGUUACUUAA